GCAGUUUACGGAGAAUGAGAUUGCGGUUCUUAUAAGAUGACACUUUUUAGAAAUAGUAAAUAUUUUAAUCGUAUUAGUCUCAUUGAUGAUGAAUAAUGAAUAAUAAUUUUUAAUUUUCUUAGCGAUUGAAUAAUGUCUAAGUUUAUACAAGCUUCUGGAAAUGAACAGUAACUCAGUUUAGUGCUCGUGUUUGUUGAGUUAGUGGAAAUUACAGUCAUGCAGCAAGAACAUUUGUUUAAGGUUCUUGUAAUCGGAGACUUAGGAGUUGGAAAAACCUCGAUUAUUAAGAGAUAUGUUCAUCAGAUCUUCUCACAGAACUACCGCGCCACCAUCGGCGUCGACUUCGCGCUGAAAGUGCUCAUCUGGGACAAUCACACAGUCAUCCGGCUUCAGCUGUGGGACAUUGCAGGUCAGGAGCGCUAUGGCAAUAUGACACGGGUGUAUUACCGCGAGGCUGUAGGAGCACUGAUAGUAUUUGAUGUGACCAGAGCAUCAACGUUUGAGGCGGUACCAAAGUGGAAAGAUGAUCUGGACACAAAGGUUACCCUCAGCAAUGGCAAACCGGUCCCAGCUGUUCUGUUGGCCAAUAAAUCCGACCAGUCACGGGACGGCCUGUCUACUCAGAUUCCCAAACUUGACACAUUUUGCAAAGAAACCGGAUUUGUAGGCUGGUUUGAAACAUCAGCCAAGGAAAACACCAAUAUUGAAGCAGCAAUCAGGUGCUUGGUGGAAAACAUACUGGCCAAUGAGGAGAACGCUGUCAGUGAGACGGACCCAAACACAGUGACCCUGUCUGGCAACAACAACACCAAAGAUCAUGGCAAAGCUAAAUGCUCUGCAUGUACCAAGUAGUAAGACUGAUGGCGAGGAGGAGCAGGAGAGAGAGAGAGAAGGAGCGUGAGAAAGGGGCACAGAGUUGCUAGCUUCACCCUCAAAAAGCAAUUAAGAUAAGGCACUGCAGUAAAGCAUCAGAAACAAAAAAAAAACACCCUGCUGGUUUAUAUUCCUAUAGCAUUUCAUCUACAGUACAAAUCCAGUAACUGGUAGAGUAUAUGCACAGUCGAAGGCUCUGUGAAGAAAAUUUGUGAUUGUGCAUGCUGGUGGACCAAAUGAUCGAUAGUUAAUCUGUUUAUGCAAUAACAUUUACCUCAUUUUGUGCCAUAAUCUAUAGUUUAGAUAGUUGAGCAGUUAAGGGUUAAGGAAUUAGCUUAUGGAACCAACAGUGACA